AUGAACCUGACGGACGGUCUCGCCGCUCGGCGCCCGGAUCGCGGGAAUCCUGGCGCGGCGCCGCCCACGUCGCGCCGGCCGGCGCCAAGCGGCUCGCCGGCGGCGGGAUCUGAGCCGGCCAUUGUCUGGUGCACUCCACGCCCGCCGCACUGCACUCGCCCUGCGCGUCUGCGUUUUGUCAUCGUCGCACGUCUGGAGCUGCGCUCUCCGACACGCCCAUCACGAUUCCGUCUCUCCACAGCACACACCGACCGAACGACCGAUCUUUGGGCAGCCCUUACUGACCAUCGAGCUCGAGCAGUAACGAGAUUUCUUGGAUUUUCUGACAGUAUCCAACAAUUGCUGGCUACUAAUGAAGUCCGAGAGGCGACGAAUAAGUAA